AUGCAGAUGGAAUAUGAAAUUAUAGGAAAAAAUGAUGAAUUUGGAGAUGAUACUUGUGCAAAAGAAUCAUCACAUUUCGAGCAAGCAUCGGAUUUUUUUUCUCGGUUAAAAAUAUUAUUAGAAGAUGCACAUCAUAUCGAAACGAAUAACGAAGAUGACAUUGAACAGGAGAGAAAUUUAACAAAUUUGAUUGAUUUGAUUAAUCCAUAUCAAGAGCAACCAUUUCUUUUAGAUCCACAUUUAGAGAAUAUGGUCAAACCCGUUAUUGAAUUACUUCGAACUUAUAUAAAAACUAUUAAUGUACAAGGAUCUAAGUUUUCAAAGGAUGCGCAAAAUAAACCUGAUUUUAUUCAGAUACCUAAAAAAAUAAAAAGACUUUUUAUAUUAUUAUAUUAUCUGAUGAAAAUUCGUGGAUAUAAAACUAUUGUGAAAUUCUUCACACAUGAAGUAUCAGAUUUGGAACCAACCUUUUAUUUCAUGGUUGCCCAAGAUCCUAAAGAUUAUACUGGUUGGGAAACAAGAUACGUAUUGUUAAUAUGGUUAUCAUUAAUUUGUAUGAUUCCAUUCGAUCUAAAGACAGUUGACAGUCUAGCUGCUGCUGAAGAAGAUAAGUUUCCUCUUGUGGAUCAUAUGAUUGAGUUGUCAAAGUUUUAUUUAAAGGUUACUGGUAAAGAAAGAGAUGGUGCGGCGGUGUUCUUGUCUCGUUUACUAACAAGACGAGAUAUUGCCGAAUUAUAUCUUGCAAAUUAUAUUAAAUGGGCACAAGAUGAAGUUAGAAAUGAAAAGGAUGUGUUUACGAUCACUGGUAUUCUCACGUCCCUUUGUGCCAUUUAUAAACUUGGUCAAAGGCAAACAUUAUUACCAACAUUAGAAUCUGUAUUGCCUUGCCUUAACUUACUUGAAGGAAAUCAAUUAUUUGUGAAUAAUACACUUAUUAGAAAAUUAUUAGUUAAAUUGGCUCAAAGGAUUGGUUUAUGUUAUUUAAAACCAAAAGUGGCUUCUUGGAGAUAUCAAAGGGGUAGCAGAUCACUUAAGGAUAAUUUGGAUGCACUAUCAAAAACAACAACUAUUGAUCCUUCAAAUGUGCACCAAUCUUUGGAAGAUGAAAAUGAUGAAGAUGAAGAAGUACCUGAACAGCUCGAAGAGAUCAUAGACAUUUUAUUGAACGGUCUGCGUAGUAAGGAUACAGUCGUGCGUUGGUCUGCUGCUAAAGGCAUAGGGCGAAUCGCACAACGGUUACCACGGGAACUUGCUGAUGACGUGAUUGGCUCUUUAUUUGAAUUGUUCUCCGAAAAUACAUAUAAAAAUAAUGAUGGUGUAUUAGAGUUGUCUGCAGUAUCUGACCAUACCUGGCAUGGUGUAUGCUUAGCUAUAGCUGAAUUAGCAAGAAGGGGAUUAUUAUUACCAGAGAGACUAUCUGAGGUCAUUCCCUGGGUUACCAAGGCAUUAAAAUUUGACCAGAAACGUGGUUCUCAUUCGAUUGGUGCUCAUGUACGGGAUGCCGCCUGUUAUGUUUGCUGGUCUUUUGCUCGUGCCUAUGCUCCCGAAAUUAUUGCACCAUAUGUAGUAGAGUUGUCGAAUAAUCUCGUUGUGGUAUCUGUAUUUGAUCGUGAAGUGAACGUUAGACGUGCUAGUAGUGCCGCUUUUCAAGAGAAUGUCGGUCGUCAGGGUAUUUUCCCACAUGGCCUAGAAAUUAUUACCACAGCUGAUUAUUUUACCGUCGGUAACAGGAUUAAUGCUUUUCUUGAUAUAAGUGUGAAAAUUGCAGAGUUUGUAGAAUAUAGAUAUCAUCUGAUUGAUCACCUAAGUAAACAAACAAUAUCUAAUUGGGACAAAAGCAUGAGGGUACUUGGAGCUAAAGCUUUACAUAAUCUUGUACCUCUUGACCCUGACUAUUUCAUCAAUAAGGUUUUACCAUUCUUGAUCCCUCAAGCUUUAUCCCCUGACAUGCAUACAAGACAUGGUGUUUUAUUAGCAAUAGGCGAAAUAUGUUUAGCUUGGUCAAAUUUACAAAAAGAUGAUAAAAGCUGGAUUGAUCGACAUAAAGAUUUAAUUAUGAACGUAGCCAAUAUAGUCGGAUCUCUUCCUGAGAAUGUAUUUACAGAUUUCGGGUCAGAAGUUACAGCUCAAGCGGCAGUAAGUCAUAUCGCUAGCUUAGCUAAAGCUAGAUGGCCUGUAACUGAUGAAGUUUUGAAAAAAUGGAAAAGUGUAGUUUACGAUCUUCUUAGCAGAAAAGAUGAAAUUGGACAAGAAAUUGCUGCACAUGCUGUUGAAGCUCUUGUGGCUCAACAUGGAAUUGAUGAAUCAGAAAUAAAUAUAUAUCCUUCCACUAAAAAGGAAACUAAAGUAUGGAAUGAUCCAGAAACUCGAAGAAAUGCGAUGAUUUCAUUAGCAAAGAUAUCUAAAAAAUUGG